GUUAACCCAUUCCGAGUCUGUUAAGUAUCUCACCGUUGAGUCUGUUAAUACACGAAGAAAUUAACAUUUGUGCGUUAAUUAAUCAAGAUUUCUUUAUAGAUACAAGAUAAGCGGGACUAUCUGGUUUACUUCCUACGCAAGGAUAUUAAUUUUACGUCCAAAGAAGAGUAGGUGAAACUUUUCCCAAAGAUAAAAAUUGAAUUUCGCGCCUUGGUAUUAGUGUUUUCGAAAGAAUAUUGGUAACAAAUCGUGUAUACAUAUUGGCACAAUUUGCAAAUAAAUUCAAAACCGCCAAAAUCAACAUAUGUAUAGAACAAUUUGUUCUUAUAUACGUAUUCGCUUGUUGGCGCUUCUGGCCUUACUUUUUGCUAUAUGUUUGCACAAUCAAACGGAUAGAAGUGCUGUGCGCCUUGCUCCAAGAAGACCUCCGAAUCCCGUCGACCCGUUGCCACCUUCCCAUUCGGUAUUGCACGAAUUCCGGAAUGCAGCCAUUUGCUCGGACAAUAGUGUAUGCAGUGAUGCCGCAAGGUCUACGCUGGAACGAGGCGGCAGUGUGGUGGACGGUGCACUAACAGCUCUCUUCUGUAAUGGCCUUGUUGGAAUGCAGAGCAUGGGCUUGGGCGGAGGAAUGCUGAUGAACGUAUAUAUGCAUGAGGAGAGAAAAUCAUUUAGUAUUUUGGGUCGUGAAAUGGCUCCCGCCUCCCUGUUGGCCGAGAAUUUUACGAUAUUUCGCAGUGAACAGAAGCUGAAGCAGUCUAGCUGGGCAAUCGCAGUGCCAACUGAAGUUAUGGGGUACGCUGUGGCUCAUCAGCGAUUUGGUAAACUUCCUUGGUCAGACUUAAUUAAACCCACUGUGGAUCUUUGUCGCCGUGGCUAUCCGCUGUACAAGCAUCAACUUGAUGCACUAAUCCUUAAUCAGGACAUGAUUAGGAACGAUGAGCUAUUACAGAAAAUGUUUAUUAAUCCAAAAACUGGCAAUUUCUGGCAUAUGGGCAGAAUUAUCCGACCUCCAGCUCAAUUGUGCACUACUUACCAGCGAUUGGCUAAAGAAGGAUGGUCUAGUUUCUACAACGGAUCUCUACACAAUGACAUCAUAGCCGAUUUAAGGGACAUGGGCAGCCCCAUUAUAGCUUCAGAUCUUAGCGCAGCCGAAGCAGAGUUGCGGGAAUCAAUUGUCAUGCCUUUGGAUGAGUUUGAUUUACAUUUAAUGCCACCGCCAGGCAGUGGUCUGGUUCUAGGAUUCAUAAUGAACAUUUUGAGGGCCUUUCGCAAGGAUUUUGCCCGAGUUCGAAAACUUGGCGCUCUGGAGAUUCAUCGCAUAGUCGAAGCACUAAAAUUUGGCUUUGUAAAACGCUGGCAGUUGGAUCCGGCAGCUGACAAGAACCUAAUGGAUGAAAUGCUCAGCCCUGAUUUGGCUGCAACUAUUUCCAAACAAAUUGAUGACUUGCAAACGCACAAUCACUCAAACUACUAUGGCGCAACUGCAGGCACACAGGCGAGGAAUGAACACGGAACUUCUCACAUCUCCGUUUUCCUUAACGGCGAUGCCGUUUCAGUCACCAGUUCCAUUAACUUUUACUUUGGCAGCGGUCGCAUGGGUCAACGUACGGGAGUUCUUUUCAAUAAUGCCAUGUCCGAUUUCUCAAUAAAGCAUUUACGGAACUACUUUGACUUGCCAUACGUAUCGGGCAAGAAUACAAUUAUCCCAUUGGCCCGACCCAUGUCCUCAAUGAGUCCCGUUUUGGUCACAGAACGUUCAACUGGUCGUAUCCGGUUGUCUGUCGGCGCUGCCGGUGGUACACGAAUCAUUUCAACAUUGGUUCCAUUGCUAAUCCGGAUACUCUGGCAGGACACUGACAUCAAAGUGGCCAUCGAUGCCAAUCGGUUUCACCAUCAAAUGUUUCCGAAUGUUCUUUUCUACGAAUACGGAUUACUGCAAACAUAUGUCAGUGAUCUACAGAGAAAGGGACAUCAAUGUGAACGUUAUCUAAACCGUGGCUCUGUAAUGUGUGGUAUAACUUCUAAUACGAUCAAUGGAACAAUUUCUGUUAAUUCCGAUUAUCGUAAAAUCGGUGGAGUUGCUGGAUUUUAAACAAGAGUUUGCGGCCCGCCAGCAGUGCCUUUAAAUGCGAAAGUGCGCACUGUGGCCAGCGAGGUUGGUG